AUGAAAAUGUUCGAUUUCCUUGCCAUCAUCACAUGUCUUCAAUUAGCUGCGAAUUUGUUGCCCCAUGCAAGCGCUCAACCCCAGCAGGGCUCAACGCUUUUUACAGAGUUUUCUGCAGAUUACAAAAAUCAGCACAACAACGAUGAGGUAAAAUACGCGUAUCACUACUACAUCGAUCAUCCGGAGUCCAUGGUGCAUUUGCAUCACCGUGAAGAGCGCCACGGCAUGAGUGUCACUGGCGAGUAUGGUUUGUUGGAGCCCAACGGUAAUGUGCGCAGUGUCUACUAUAUGGUGGAUGGUAAUGGCGGCUUUCGUGCCACUGUACGCACGCGUACGGCAGCGAGCAGCACACGUCAACUGAUUCGAUUAGAACAAAAACAACCGAAGGAACCCAUACAACAUGCCCAACCAGUGGCUUUUAUCAAUUGAGGGAGUAUGCGGUAAUAUGCAAUAGACAUGAGAGGAGCGAAUAUGUGCUAAAAUUCUAAAGAAUUAAUAUUUUUAUAAUAUACUCGUACUAAUAAAGACGCUUUACCAUUUCCAAUUAUUAAC